CCAAUAUGGAGCCUGAGGACCUGCCGUGGCCGGGCGAGCUCGAGGAGGAGGAGGAGGCGGAGGAGACGGAGGAGGCGGGGAACUUGGACGAGAACGAGGUGGUGAUGGUGGAGGAGAUGGAAGAAGAGGAGGCGCGGGAGCCGGACGCGGAUUUUAACUACGAGAGCCAGCGUCGGGAGAGUACAGACGACGAGGACGAUGAGGAGGCCAAGGCCUGGCUGCAGGCGCACCCCGGCGGGACUUUGCCUCCGGCAUCGCUUCCGAGGCACCGCUACUUGGAGGGCGAGCUGACCAGUCCGGGGAAGGUUGUUCCAUUGACUUGUCCUGUAUGGCAACAGCCAUUAUAUCAAAACAAUAAUGGAACACAGAUUUCUGAUACUGAUGUGGUCUCUUUGGAAAAAACACCUCAGUGGGAUUCUGGGGAUGAUCAGAGAACAGAAUCUUGGCAUUGUCUUCCUCAAGAAAUGGACUCUUCCCACACCUUGGAUACAACCCAGACCAGGUUUAAUGUGAGAGAGAAAGGGACUGAAGUGACAGACUUCCCUUCUCUGGAGGAAGGUAUAUUGACCCAAUCAGAAAAUCAAGUAAAGGAGCCUAACAGAGAUCUCUUAUGUUCUCCAUUGCUAGUCAUACAAGACAAUUUUGCUUCUCCUGAUUUGCCUUUGCUGACAUGUUUGACAAAAGAUCAAGUGUUUGAACCUGAUUCCUUACUUCACCAAAGUGAACUAGAGUUUGCACCUCUGAGGGGAGUUCCUGGUAAGUCUGAAGACACUGAAUGGUUUUCUCGACCGUCGGAAGCUAGUGAAGCUUUAUUCCAGGCAGCCUCAGAAGUAGCUUCAGACUUAGUUAACAGUUGCUUUAGUGUAUCUCAGCACCCACUCAUAGGCAGUACAGCUAUUGAGUCUCAGCGCUCUUUGUUAACUCCUGAACAAGGGACUAAAGAAGAGACUGUCUCAUCUGAUACACUUGAUGAUCUGAAAACCUCCAAAGACUCUGAUAGUUAUGAUGCUCUUUACUCAUAUAUGUCGUGGAAGACACGAGAAGUUAUACAGGAGCCAGAAACCAAUGUAGCUGAUGAGGAUCAAGUUUCUUUUUCAACUGCAUCUGAUACAAGCGAUGAAUACAUAAUUCCUAAAGGAAAUGACAAUUUUGAUGCUUCUAGUUCUUAUGUGCAGUAUGGAAAACAGGGAACUUUACAACAGUCAGGAAAAUAUCUAAUCAGUAAGGACCAUGAUUCUUAUUCUGAUUCAUCUGACACAAUUGAUAAAAAUGAAAUUCCUAAAGGAAGUGACAAUUUUAGUGUCCCUUUUCCAAAUAUGCCCUGGAGCAAGCAGGGAGCUUCACACCAUCCAGAAAUAUGUCUAGUCAGUAAGGACUGUGUUUCUUUUACACGUAAAGUUGCUCCUCAUUUUAAUAGUAAAAUGCCACAUUCUUUUUUGCAUUGUUUGUUGGAAAGAGGAGGAAUAGAGGUUCCCUUGACAUCUGAUAGUCAUUAUUUUGAGAAUAUUUAUUUAAGGGCUCCUGCUGAGAAUGAGAUGAAUCAAAAGAUGGAUUCUUUGGGGGGUUAUAAAAGAAAUGAAGAGGAUCUGGGGAAAGAAUUAUCUCAAUGUUUUGAACUAAAGGAGAAUAGAUAUACUGUAGUACUUUCAGAGGUGCGUCCCAGAUCUUUGGAAAUACAAUAUAUUGAGAAUGUUGUAGUUCCUGAUAAUUCUGUAGAAGUUUCAGAAGCACAUAUACUCUCCAGGGGGCAUGAUACCUCUAAGAUGGAUGUUUCUGGUGGUCCUCUUCAGACUCUUAAAUCCAACUUGGAUGAGACAUCAGAACAACUGUGUUUUCAAGAAGAAAGAAACCAAAAGGCAACUUCUGCUUUUGGUGGGAGAAAUGUUGAUGCUACUGAAAAUGUAGCCUUUCAGGCAGUUAUUGCUUCUAUUGAACCUUCUGAGAAAGAGAGUACAGUAAAUGAAAUCCACACUGACAUCAAUAAAUCUUUAACAAAUGAUAGCCAAGAAAGUGAAUCAAAAAAUCCAGAUCUUUCCUUAUUAAAUUAUGAUGAAAACUUUUUCUUUGAUAAACUUAACCAUCCAAUCUAUCAGUCUACUCCUGGGGUGUUUGAAUCAGCAGCUUCAAAAACAUUGUUGUGUAAAAAAGAUGAUGGUGAUAGCUCCCUGUACUGGCACCCUAGUUUAAAAUCACUCCCCAGUGCUCCUCGGGAAAUAGUCAUUAAGCCACUUUCUCUUAGUCCAGAGCUUAAGUCAUCUUCUUCUUUAUGUGAAAAAUCUCUCAGACAGGCUAUUGGUCUUGGCAAAACACAGUCCGCUUUAUUUCAGUAUGAAAUAGACAAUGAACCAUUUCUUCCCAUUGGGAAGAUACAGUCUGUUUCUGCUCUUGACCUUACAGAGAAGUUAGGAUCUUCAAACAUUAUUUAUCCAAUGAAAGUAUGGACUUCAGAUUCUUUGGUUUUACAAGAUUUAGAGCAGCACACCUUUGAAGAAGUUGCAGAUUCCUCAAACUGUAUUUUGGGUAAGAACGUAAACUCUAGUAACAUCAUUGAAGGUCCAUCUGCAGCUGUAGGAAGCAGCUUUUCAGCAAACUUGGUGGCAUGUGAUGCAAAGUCGCAAGGUGCUUUACCAGUGAUCAGUGAUGCAUCAUUAAUUACAGUUGGCCAAAAGACAUUGCUGAAAGCUGAUAUAGGCCAAGGUGAAAUUCCUCGGCCUAUAGGACCCAAGUCCAGUUUUACUAUACAUACAAUUAUGCAAAAUGACUCCUAUUUUGUAGAGGGCCUGCAGGGGAAGUCUGAAUCUGACAUCUGUUCUCUGGGUGAUGAUACUGAAUGCUGUAGCCUAGAUGAAAAUGCUGUUGUCUGCAGUAAAAGAGUUGCUGAACUACAAAGAGAGAUACGUGACCAAGGUGAUUUGACUGGUGAGUGCAUUGAGCUAGCAGGUUUAGAAAAUAUGCUUGAUGAUCUAGAGAUUUGUGACAGCUCCCUGCACUGGCAAUCUGCUGUACAGCUACCAUCUAAGGAAGAGGGCAGUUUCGAGGAGCCUGUAUGUCCUUCUAAUAUGGAUAUUAAUCAGUCUUUUUCAUCUGUAUUGCCUCCAUUUGUUCCUCAUGAGCCAACUAGAGGGUUGGAGUAUCACUCUUCAGAUCUCAGAAUGUUGAGGGUAUCUCCUGACACUGGGCCAAGCACUCUCAAAUAUUCAGUAGGGGAUACUUCCAAAGGAGGCGUAGCUGAAAUUCCUCAAUCCACCUUGAAACCAGGGAUCACUACCAGUCCUGAAGAUUCAGACACUGUAUCUCAUUUAUCCUUGUCCCCUGAGGACUUUCCUCAGUUGGCUGGAACGUCUCCUCAAGUAAAGAAUAUUGGUCAACAUACUGAUACUCUCACCCAAGAGACAUUAGCAGGCAGUCAUCUAACUGAAGAGACUCUAAAAGCUUCAGCUGUCCCUGGACUAGCUGACCAGAAGACUGGAAUAGCAACAGUGCCCUUUAGUUCCUACUCACAAAGAGGGAAGCCAAAUAUUUUCUAUCCACAGGCCUCUUCAGGUCAUCUGACUGAAGAGGCUCUAAAAGUUGCAGCUAUUCCUGGACUUGGUGACCAGAAGACAGGUAUAUCUGUAGUCCCUCCAAGUUCCUACUCCCUUGGAGAGAAGCACAGUAUUUUCUACCCACAGGCAUUGCCAGACAGUCAUCAAACUGAAGGGGCUCUGAAUGUUUCAGUUCUUCCUAGACUAGCUGAUCAAAAGAUUGGAAAACCAACAGUACCUGCUAGUUCCUACAGAGUUGGAGAGGAGCCUGGUAUUUUCUACCAACAGGCCUUGUCAGGCAGUCAUCUACCUGAAGAGGCUCUGAAAGUUUCAGCUUCUCCCAGACCAGUUGAUCAAAAGACUGGGUUGCCUACUGCAUCCUCUACGUCUUACUUACAUGGAGAGAAGCCUCGUAUUUUCUAUCAACAGACAUUGCCAGACAAUCAUCUAACUGAACAGGCUCAGAAAGUUUCAGCUGUUCCCGCAUGGGCUGAGCAGAAAACUGGGAUUCCUACCAUACCCUCUACUUCCUAUUUACAUAGAGAGAAGCCCAGUAUUGUGUACCAGCAAGAGUUGCCAGAUAGUCAUCUAAUUCAACAGGUUCAGCAAGUUUCAGCUGCUCCUGGAUUGGCUGAGCAGAAGACUGGCAUUCCUACCAUACCCUCUGCUUCCUUUUCACAUAGAGAGAAGCCCACUAUUUUGUACCAGCAAGAGUUGCCAGACAGUCAUCGAAUUCAAGAGGUUCAGCAAGUUUCAGCUGCUCCUGGAUUGGCUGAGCAAAAGACUGGGAUUCCUACUGUACCCUCUAUUUCCUAUUCACAUAGAGAGAAGCCCACUAUUGUGUACCACCAAGAGUUGCCAGAUAGUCAUCUAAUUCAAGAGAUUCAGCAGGUUUCAGCUGUUCCUGGAUUGGCUGAGCAGAAGACUGGGAUUCCUACCAUACCCUCUACUUCUUACUCACAUAGAGAGAAGCCUCAUAUUUUCUACCAGCAAGAGUUGCCAGACAGUCGUCUAGCUGAACAGGCUCAGAAAAUUUCAUCUGUUCCUGGACUGGCUGAGCAUAAGACUGGGAUUCCUACUGUACCCUCUAUUUCCUAUUCACAUAGAGAGAAGCCCACUAUUGUGUACCAGCAAGAGUUACCAGACAGUCAUCUAAUUCAAGAGAUUCAGCAAGUUUCAGCUGUUCCUGGGUUGGCCGAGCAGAAGACAGGGAUUCCUACCAUACCCUCUACUUCUUACUCGCAUAGAGAGAAGCCCAGUAUUUUGUACCAGCAAGAGUUGCCAGAUAGUCAUCUAACUGAACAAGCUCAGAAAGUUUCAGCUGCUCCUGGACCCCCUGAGCAGAAAACUGGGAUUCCUAUAGUUACUUCUGCUUCUUACUCACAUAGAGAGAAGCCCAGUAUUUUUUACCAACAGGAUUUGCCAGAUAGUCAUCUAACUAAAGAGGCUCAGAAGGUUCCAGCUGUUCCUGGACUAGCUCCCCAGAAGAGUGGGAUACCAAUAGCACCCCCUGCUUUCUACUCACAUAGAAGGAAUUCCAGUCUUUUCUAUCAGCAGGAGUUGCCAGACAGUCAUCUAAGUGAUCAGACUCAGAAAAUUGCAGCUAUUCCUGAACCAGUUGACCAGAACACUGGGAUACAGACAGUACCCUCCUCUAGUUCCUACUCACAUAGGGAGAAGCCCAUUAUUUUUUACCAGCAGGAAUUGCCAGAUAGUCUUCUAACUGAAGAGGCUCUAAAAGUUUCAGCUUUUCCCAGAACAGCUGACCAGAACACUGGGAUACCAACAGAGUCCUCUAGGGCCUACUCAUUUGGAGAGAAGCCAGGUGGUCUUUUCUACCAGCAGAUGUUACCAGAUGGUAAUCUAACUGAAGAGGCUCUGAAAGUUUCACCUGCGUCCGGAUCACGUGACCAGAAGAGUGUUAUACUCUCAGUACCUGCUAGUUCCUACUCUCAUAGAGAGAAGCCCAGUAUUUUCUACCCACAGGCCUUGCCUGGCAGUCAUCUAUCUGAAGAGGCUCUGAAAGAUUCAGCUAUUCCUGGACCAGCUCAUCAGAAGACUGGGACAUCAGAACUUUCUGGUUCCUACUCACAUAGAGAGAAAUCCAGUAUUUUCUACCAACAGGAGUUGCCAGAUAGUCAUCUAACUGGAGAGGUUCUGAAAGUUUCAGGUGUUUCUGGAACAAGUGACCAGAAGACUGGGAUACCUAUAGCAACCUCUGCUUCCUACUUACAUAAAGAGAAGCCCAUUAUUUUAUACCAGCAGGCCUUACCAGAUGGAUAUCUUACUGAAGAGGCCCUGAAUGUUUCAGCUGCUCCUGGACCAGAUGACCAGAAGACUGGGAUACCUACAGUAUCAUCUAGUUCCUAUCCUUAUAGAGGGAAGCCCAUCAUUUCUUACCAGCAAGAGUUGCCAGAUCUUACUCAAGUGGCUCUAAAAGUUUUAGAGGUUCCUGGACCAGCUGACCAGAAGAUUGGGAUACCAGCAGUAACCUCUACUUCUUACUCAUAUGGAGAGAAGCCCAUCAUUUCUUACCAGCAAGAGUUGCCAGAUCCUAAUGAAGAUGCUUUAAAACGUUUAGAGGUUCCUGGACAAGCAGACCAGAGCACUGGUAUGCAAAUUGUGCCCCCUGCUUCCUAUUCACAUAGAGAGAGCCCCAUCUUUUCUUACCAGGAGUUACCAGAUGUUACUGAAGAAACUUUGGAAGCUUCAGCCAUUCCUGGACCAGCUGACCAGAAGACUGGGAUACAAACAGUCCCCUCUAGUUCCUACUCAUACAGAGAGAAGGCGGAUGUUUUUUACCAGCAGGAGUUGCCAGAUCUUACUGAAGAAGCUUUAAAAGGUUUUGCUCUUCCUGGAUCAGCUGACCAGAAUGCUGAGAUACCAACAGGAUCUUCUAGUUCUUACUUACAUAAAGAGAAACCCAAGAUUUUACCAGAUGACCAGAACACUGAGUUACCAUCAGCUCCCCGUAGUUCCUACUCACAUAGAGAAAAACCCAAGACUUCAACUGUGAUUGGACCGGAUGACCAGAAGACUCCAUUAAUGACAGGUUUUCCUAAUUCUUAUUCUCAGAGAGUAAAGCCCAGUAUUUUCUUUCAACAUCAGUUGCCAGAUAGACAUCAAAGUGGAGAUAUUCUGAAAAUUUCACCUGUUCCUGAACCAACUGAUGUGAAUUCUCGGAUACCAGUACCUCUUGCUAGUUCCUAUUCACACAGAGAGAAAUCUAAUAUUUUCUACCCACAGGAAUUGCCAGACAAACAUCUAACUGCAGAUUCACUGAAAGUGUCAACAGUUUCUGGACCAGCUGAACAAAAAACUCUGUUACCAGCAGUUCCUCCUAGUUCCUUUUCACAUAGAGAGAAACCAAAUAUAUCCUACCAACAGGAUUUGCCAGAAAGACAUCUAACUGAAGAUAACCUGAAGUUUUCAAGUAGUCUUGGACAAGCUGGUCAGAUUACUGGGUUAUCAGCAGUUCUUCCUGGUACUUAUUCACAUAGUGAGAAGCACAAACUUGUUUCAGACCAUGUCCAAAGGCUAAUAGAUAAUUUGGAUUCUUCUGACGCCAGUGGUAUCUCAAACAAUAUACCUUUAAAUUCUCAGGCUGAUAGUAGAGUUGUAAUACAUAAGCCAGAAUCUUCGGGUUUUGAAGAUGUUGGCUCUGAGGAAAUCCGGGAUACGGAAAACAGUUCCAAAACUCUUAAAGAGAUUCAGACACUUUUAAUGGAAGCAGAAAAUAUAGCGCUGAGACGAUGCAAUUUUCCUGUUCCCCUUGUCCCUUUCAGAGAUGUUAGUGAUAUUUCAUUUAUACAAUCUAAGAAGGUGGUUUGCUUCAAAGAACCCCCGACAACGGAUGAAUCUAACGGUGAUUUGUCUCAGAGACAGCCACUCACAGAAGAAAGCCCAAGCAGCAAGGGCAUACAGAAGGAUAUUAGCACACAGACGAAUCUGAAAUGCCAGAGAGGCAUUGAAAAUUGGGAGUUUAUUAGUUCAACUACAGUUAGAAGUCCUUUGCAGGAAGCAGAAAGCAAAGCCAGAGUGGCAUUAGAUGAAACCCUUAGGCAAUAUAAAGCAGCCAGAUCUGUAAUGAGAUCUGAACCUGAAGGCUAUAGUAGAACCAUUGGGAAUAAGAUUGUUAUUCCUAUGAUGACUAUCAUUAAAAGUGAUUCAAGUAGUGAUGCAAGUUCCUGCUCGUGGGACAGUAAUUCCUUGGAGUCAGUUUCUGAUGUGCUUCUGAACUUCUUUCCAUAUUCUUCACCCAAGACAAGCAUGACAGACAGCAGAGAGGAAGAGGGUGUGUUAGAGAGUGAUGAUGGUGGUGGUAGCAGUGUAGAUUCACUGGCUGCACAUGUGAAAAACCUUCUGAAAUGUGAAUCCUCAUUGAACCAUGCUAAACAAAUACUCAGAAAUGCAGAGGAAGAGGAAUCUCGAGUACGGGCACGAGCCUGGAAUCUGAAGUUUAAUAUGGCUCAUGAGUGUGGCUACUCCAUUUCAGAAUUAAAUGAAGAUGACAGGAGAAAAGUAGAAGAGAUCAAAGCAAAGUUGUUUGGUCAUGGGAGAACAACUGAGGUGUCUAAGGGUUUACAGAGUCCACGGGGAAUAGGAUGCAAGCCAGAAGCUGUAUGUAGUCACAUCAUUAUUGAGAGCCAUGAAAAAGGAUGUUUUAGGACUCUCACAGCUGAACGACCACAAUUGGACAGCCACCCUUGUGUUUUCAGAUCUGCUGAACCCUCAGAAAUGAUCAGAGGACAACGGAGCCCAUCAUCAUGGAGAACCAGGCACAUCAACCUUUCCAAGUCACUGGACCAGAACAACUCCCAUUUCAAAGUUUGGAAUUCCUUGCAGUUACAAAGUCAUUCCCCAUUUCAAAACUUUAUAGAUGAUUUGAAAAUUAGCAAGGGUCUUCAAAUGCCAUUCCGUGAAAAGUUGGACCCUUGGCUGUCAGAAUUAGUAGAACCUGCUUAUAUGCCAUCUGAGGAAAUGGAUUGUCAUUCUUCAUCACAAAUGCUGCCCCCAGAACCCAUGAAAAAGUUUACUACUUCCGUCACUUUCUCAUCUCACCGACAUUCUAAGUGCUUUUCAGAUUCCUCUUUUCUUAAGGUUGGUGUUACUGAAGGUAGCCAGUGUACUGGAGCAUCUGUUGGGGUAGUUAAUUCUCAUUUCACUGAAGAGCAAAAUCCUCCUGGAGAUCUAAAAGAGAAAACCUCUUCCCUUUCAUCAUUUAAAAUCAUUAGUCAGUCACCAGAUAAAGCUGUGACUACCUUAGCAGAAAAUAGUAGACAAAGCCAAAAAUUAUCUGUUGAACAUUCUCACCAAGAGGAAAAACCCUUAGAAAGAUCAGAAUUUAAAGGCAGUCAUUCUAAGCCCAGUACCAGUGUGAAUGAUAGCAAUUUCAAGGAAGUUCAUUUUUCUGAUAACCAUACUGUUAUUAGUAUGGGCAGACCAAGUUCCACACUAGAAGUAAAAGAGAAGAAUAUAACUGUAACUCCAGAUCUUCCUUCGCACAUUUUUCUUAAACAAGAGCUCUUUGAACAAAGCAAAGCCCCACAUGCAGAUCACCAUGUGAGAAAACACCAUUCUCCCCCUCCUCAACAUCAGGAUUACAUAGCUCCAGAUCUUCCUUGUCGUAUUUUUCUUGAAAAACGAGAACUCUUUAAACAAAGCAAGGCCCCACAUGCAGAUCAUCAGUUGAGAGAAAACCACUCUCCCCUUCCUCAAAGUCAGGAUUAUAUAGCCUCAGACCUUCCUUCUUCCAUUUUUCUUGAACAACGUCAGCUCUUUGAACAAAGCAAAGCCCCAGAUGUAGAUCACCAUGUGAGAAAACACCAUUCUCCCCUUCCUCAAGGUCAGGAUUGUAUAGUAGAAAAGAAUAAUGAACAUAAGCCUAAGUUACACAUUUCUGAUAUGGUAAAUGUUGAAGCCAAAUUCAGUGAUGUAGUCUCCCCAUCAGCCCCAAAUCAAUGUACAGUAGGAACAUCUGCAUCUACUCCACCCCCAAAUAGAAAAGCACUUUCUUGUAUUCGUAUAACUCUUUGUCCCAAGACUCCUUCCAAGUUGGAUAGUGGAACCUUAGAUAAAAGAUUUCAUUCAUUGGAUCCUGUCUCUAAAACAAGGAUGAAUAGUGAGUUUAACUCUGACCUACAAACUAUAUCUUCAAGAUCAUUGGAACCAACCUCCAAAUUAUUGACCAGUAAACCUGUAGCACAGGAACAAGAAUCUUUAGAUUUUCUAGGACCUAAAUCUUCACCGGACUUCCAAGUUGUACAAUCUCCUCUUCCAGAUAGUAAUAUUAUUUCUCAGGACUUGAAAACCGUACCUUUUCAGAAUAGCCAGAUAGUAACCUCAAGGCAAACACAAGUGAACAUUUCAGAUUUGGAAGGAUAUUCCAGUCCAGAAGGGACUCCGGUAUCUGCAGAUCGAUCACCAGAGGAAAUUAAGACCCCAUUUUCUCCCUUCCCUGGAAAAUUAUCAUCUGAUGCAGUCACUCAGAUAACAACAGAAAGUCCAGGAAAAGCCAUGUUUUCGUCUGAGAUUUUUGUUAAUGCUGAAGAUCGUGGACGUGAUAUUCCAGAGCUCAGUACACACAAGUUGGGCAAAGCUCCUGUCAAGUUUGCUUCAUCAUCUUCAGUCCAACAGAUUACUGUUCCUCAUGGCACAGAUGGCCAGCCUUUACUGUUGCCAUAUAAGCCUUCUGGCAGUACGAAGAUGUACUAUGUUCCACAGUUAAGACAAAUUCCUUCAUCUCUGGAUUCCAAAUCAGACACCACCAUUGAGAGCUCACACUCAGGAUCCAAUGACGCCAUUGCUCCAGACUUCCCAGCUCAGGUGCUAGGCACAAGGAAUGAUGACCUGGCAGACACUGUUAAUAUUAAACAUAAAGAGGGGAUCUACAGCAAAAGAGCGGUAACGAAGGCAUCCUUGUCAACGGGGAAAAAACCGUCUCAGAAAGAUAAUGCAGAUGCUCAAGUUCAAGUUCUCAUCACUGGGGAUGAAGACCUCUCAGACAAAAAACAGAAAAAGGAGAUCUACAGUAAAAGGGUAGUGACUGAGGCUGCUCAAUCUGAAGAAAAAGAAUCCUUGCGGAAAGACACUGCAGAUUCCAGUGCCUUUGCUGCUUCAGUGCACUCAACUCAACUACAAGACACAAAGAUUGAUAGUCUACCAGACACUAAAAUCAUUAAACAGAAAGAGGGGAUCCAUAGUAAGAGCACAGUUCCUAAGGAAGCCUGGCCAGAAGAGAAGAAAUCCUUGCAGAUAGAUAUUGCAGAGUCCAGAUGUCAUUCAGAAUUUGAAAAUACUACCCAUUCUGUCUUCAGGUCAGCUAAGUUUUACUUUCAUCAUCCAGUGCACCUACCAAGUGAUCAAGAUUUUUGCCAUGAAUCCUUAGGAAGAAAUGUUUUCAUGAGACAUUCUUGGAAAGACAUCUUUCAGCAUCAUCCAGACAAACAAAGAGAACACACUUGUCUUCCUUCCCCUUAUCAAAAUGUGGAAAAGACGAAGUCAGAUUAUACCAGAAUAGAGAGCCUCAGUAUCAAUGUAAACUUGGAAAACAAAGAGGCGAAGCAUGCUACUAAAAGUCAGGCUAGAGAUUUUCCAAAAUAUGACAAACAAGUUAAUGAUCUAAAAAUGGAUCAUAAGGCCACCCCAGGGCUAAAAACUCAGCACACUGUGAGUUUGAAUGAACUCUGGAACAGGUAUCAGGAGCGACAAAGGCAACAGAAACCUCCUGAGUUCAGUGUCAAGAAGGAACUUUCCUUGGUGGAGCGACUUGAUCGUUUGGCUAAACUUCUUCAGCAUCCCAUCACACAUUCUCUGCAACCCUCAGAAAGUACACAGGAUGAUAGCAGGGGGGAUCAAGAUGUUAAGGACUGGAGAGGUAGACAGCAACAGCAGAAAAACAAGCUUCAAAAAAAGAAACGUUAUAAAAGCCUGGACAAAUGCCAUAAAAACACAGGCGAUCUUAAAAAAAACAAGGCUCUUUCUACUCAUCAAGCUGGGAGGUCCAAUCAGAUUAAAAUUGAACAGAUUAAAUUUGAUAAAUAUAUUCUGAGAAAACAGCCAGGUUUUCAUUAUAUAAAUAACACUUCUUCAGAUUCUAGACAUUCAGAGGAGAGUGAGCUGCUCACAGACACUGCCACCAACAUCCUUUCCACCACCACUUCUCCUGUGGAAUCAGAUAUAUUGACCCAAACAGAUAAGGAAGUGACUUUUCAUGAGAGGAGCAGCUCUAUUUCCACCAUUGAUACUGCCCGAUUGAUCCAUGCUUUUGGCCAUGAAAGAGUUUGUUUGUCACCCAGGCAAAUUAAAUUAUACAGCAGCAUCACCGACCAUCAGAGGAGAUACCUUGAGAAGCGGAGCAAGAAAAACAAGAAAACAUUGAAUACAGGUUAUCCCCAAAUUACUUCAGAGCAUACCAGAAGGAAACACAUCCAGGUGACAGACCAUAUUUCUUCUGACUCUGUUUCAUCUUCUACCAGUAGUUUCUGGAGCUCAAGCUCUACCCUUUGCAACAAACAAAAUGUACAUAUGUUAAAUAAGGGCAUACAAGCAGGUAACUUGGAGAUUGUGAAUGGUGUCAGAAAACACACUCGAGAUGUUGGAGUGACUUUCCCAACUCCAAGUUCCAGCGAGGCUAGAGUAGAAGAGGACAGUGAUGUGACUUCUUGGUCAGAAGAAAAAAUAGAAGAGAAAAGGCUCCUUACCAAUUAUCUUGGGGACAAAAGGUUAAGGAAGAACAAGCAGAGCUGCUGUGAAGGAGUUUCAUGGUUUGUUCCUGUGGAAAAUGUGAAGUCUGGUCCUAAGAAGGAAAACAUGCCCAAGCUUCAUGGCCCUGGUGUCUCCUGGUUUGCACCAAUAACCAACACCAGACCUUGGAGGGAGCCACUGCGGGAACAGAACUGGCAGGGACAGCACAUGGAUAGCCACGGUUCACUAGCAGGCCCAGGCAGAGAUCCACUGAAGCCAUUUGUGAGAGCAACCCUACAGGAAUCACUUCAGCUUCACAGACCUGACUUCAUCUCCCGCUCUGGGGAACGGAUAAAGCGCCUGAAGUUAAUAGUCCAGGAGAGAAAGCUGCAGAACAUGUUACAGAGUGAGCGGGAGGCACUGUUCAACACUGUGCGAGAAUGGCAGGGCUGCCGGGACCCCAUGCACCUGCUCCCUAAGCGAGGCUUCCUGACUGCCGAAAAGAAAAAGCCUAUUGGAAAGAAGGAAAUGAUUCAGAGGUCUAAACGAUGCAUAGACUGUCUCUGGAAGGAUACCCAAAAAACUGGUAGUAGUGGUUGCCUUUGGGAAAAAGAACUGAGUGACUGGGGUACAGAGGUAGGAGAAAGACUAAUUUUUUUACCUUUUAAAUUUUGUGCCAUUGCAUUUGUUAGCAAUUCAUUCAUUCAUUAGAGAUAUGCCUAUAUUGCUCAUGAGACUGCCAGUGGAAUAACUAAGUUAAUGGUUGGUUACCUUUUAGGGAUUCAUUAGAGUUUUCCUUUAAUAAGAACAAUUUUAUAGUUGGCAUACUGCUUGAAAACAAUUUAUCUUAGGUAAUUAAAGCAUUCCUCUUGAAAUCUUGCUUUACUCUCCAUUUAGUAAACUGUUUCCUUAUAGGUAUUUCAAAGUGGUGCUUUAAUCAAGUGGUUCUCAAAGUGUGCUCCAUGGACCUCUGGAAGUUGCUGAGACCCUUUCAGGGGAUUUGCCAGGUCAAAGAAAAUUUCUAAAUGAUACUAGGACAUUAUGUAUCUUUUUAACUGUAUUGACAUUUGUACAGAUGAUGCAAAAGUAAUGAGGGGAGGAGUAAAACUGCCAAUGCCUUAGCACUAUUUGAGACAGUGGCACAAAACUGUGCUAGCCUGGUUGGCAUUUUAUUCUUCCCAGCCACAUGGCAGCGGCAUAAUGGAAGGACACAUGAAGCACUUCUGCUGCAGACCAAGAUACGAUGAUCAGUUCAGGGAAAAGCCUUGGUUUGUGUAGUGAGCUGAACUAGCUGCCUUUUUCAUGGAACAUAGCUUUUACUUGAAAGAAUGACAGAUAAACUAUUCCAAGUUGGGUUUAUGACAGACAUUUUCUUGAAAAUGAGGAAGUGAAUCUGUCACUUCAAGAAAACAGCUGACAGUAUUUAUUGCCAAAGAGAAAAUCUGAGCUUUCAGCAAAGAAUAGAAUUCUAGAAGUCUUGUGUCUACUUCUGUGAGAUGGACUACCUCCCAGUACUUUGACUUUUCUGAUGAGAUCAGC